GUUUACGUUGUCCCCCGAAGGUGAUUUAAGGUCAUGAACUCCUCUGUGGUUCAUUUCAGACACAACAUGUCGGGAGAUCACAGGCAAUUUUCCACGGUCCUGGGAAAGGAACAGAAUGGAGUUAUACAGCCUAUUCUUACUGAUCUUUACCAGAUCACCAUGGCGUAUGCCUACUGGAAGAGUGGAAAGAUGAACGAUGUGGCUGUGUUUGAUUUGUACUUUAGACGUAAUCCAUUUAAAGGAGAGUUCACUGUGUUUGCUGGUUUGGAGGAGUGUGUCAAAUUCAUUCAGAAUUUCAAGUUUACAGAAAGUGAUAUAAAGUACCUGAAAUCAGUGUUGCCAACUUCAGUAGAAGAAGAAUUUUUUGAAUAUCUGAAAGAAUUAAACACGAAAACUGUAACAUUAUUUGCAAUUGAGGAGGGGACAGUUGUGUUUCCUAAAAUUCCACUAUUGACAGUAAAAGGACCAUUACCUGUUGUACAGCUGAUGGAGACACCAUUGUUAAAUCUAGUUAAUUAUGCCAGUUUAGUGGCAACAAAUGGCAUGAGGUUUCGUAUUGCUGCUGGGUCAGAAAGUAUAUUAUUAGAGUUUGGAUUACGGAGGGCCCAGGGACCUGAUGGUGCCUUAUCUGCCUCUAGAUAUUGUUAUUUAGGAGGUUUUGAUGGAACCAGUAAUGUAUUGGCAGGUAAACUUUACGGCAUUCCAGUAAGAGGUACACAUGCUCAUGCCUUCAUCACCUCAUUUUCAGGCUUAUCAGAGUUACAUAAUCGGCAACUGGUUAGGAAAGGUACAGAUGAGAUGGUUGAUUUUAUUCCACUUUGUCAAAAAUGGCUGAAACAAUUAGCACCUGUACUAGGAUUUUUAGAUGACCAAGUAUCAAAAAGUGAGCUGGCAGCCUUUAUAGCCUAUGCUACUGCAUUUCCUGAUGGUUUCUUAGCACUUAUAGAUACAUAUGAUGUUGUAAGAACUGGUUUACCAAGUUUUUGUACAGUUGCUAUGGCUCUACAUGAGUGUGGGUACCAGCCUCGAGGUAUACGACUAGACAGUGGUGAUUUAGCUUACCUUUCAAACCUGGUCAGACAGUCUUUUGAAAAAGUGGCCAGAAGUUUUAAUGUGCCUUGGUUUUCAUCAUUGACCAUUGUAGCCAGUAAUGAUAUAAAUGAAGAUACAAUACAUUCCUUAAAUCAACAGGGACACAGUAUAAACAGCUUUGGGAUUGGUACACAUCUGGUCACAUGUCAGAAACAACCAGCACUAGGAGGUGUAUAUAAAUUAGUUGAAGUUAACGGUAAACCACGAAUAAAACUGAGUGAAGAUGUAGAAAAGGUUACUAUACCAGGCAGGAAGAUAGCUUACAGACUGUUUGGGCACGAUGGAAAUGCCUUGGUUGACUUGAUGUUAAAACCAGAUGAUGAACCACCUAAAAGUAAUGAGAGAGUUCUUUGUAGACAUCCUUUCAUAGAGUCCAAAAGAGCUUAUGUAUGUCCAGCUAAAAUAGAGAGACUACAUAAAGUGUUUAUAGAAAAUGGAGAGGUUAAGCAACCUUUACCUACAUUAACAGAACUGAGGUCUAAAGCCUUAUGUUCUCUGAAGAGUCUUAGAAUUGAUCAUCGACGAGCCUUAAAUCCUACACCUUACAAAGUGUCGGUCAGUAGUAAUCUGUAUUCAUUCAUGCAUGACCUAUGGUUAGAUAAUGCACCAAUCGGAGAGCUGUCAUAAAUCAUGUGAUCUAGUCAAAUUUACACCAUAUUGAAUAUUGUGAUAUCAAUCAGAAAACACACACAUUUCCAAUCAACCAAUGGGAUUUUAUGUUGUAUGCGAGUAGAACAUGUUAUUUUGAUGUUAUGUUAGAUUGCACCUGAUUGGGUAUGCUGUAAAGAAUAUUUGCUACUGUCAGUCACUGAAUUAACUGCUGCAAAUUGUGAUUUAUAGCAGUUAGCUUUUUAAAACAAACUUUUUCUAGACUGUGAUAUUUUACCAUAGACAUAAUCAUGUCGAUGUAGAGAUUUAUUAUUAUUAUUUCUUAAAUUUUUGUGCUAUUUUCACAUUUUUUGAGCCGUGUGAGAAAAAUAUUUCUUCUUACUAGUGAAUUAUCUGCUCUCAGCCUAUGAUUGAUCUUAAUUUUAUUAUGACGUUAAAUUUUCUUGAUUUCUUCUGAAUUUCUUAUUGUGACAUCCUGAAAAAAUAUUGCCAUGUCUGAUGACUUCUCAUCUAAAGAAACACAAUUUUCUGCAAAUCUUUGAAAUGCAAGGGAAAAAAUUCAUUUGGGACACAAAUUCCACGAUAAGUUGUGUAUUUCAAAAAACUGUAACAUUUAAAUGAAUUUAUAUAAAAAUGAGUUUGUAUUCCCUUUAUUUUCAAAAAGACACAAAUGGAGAGAAAUAUGCAAAAACAAAACAAACUUAAAAACUUUAAUUUUGUAAUUCUCAUCAAAUUUGGAUAGUAAGAGUUGUCUCCCAUUGUUAAGAAUCAAUAUUU